CCCCCUCCCGCAGCUGUCCUCUGUAGAAGGCGGGACCACCCAGAGCCCUCAGGACCGGGAUUCCCAGACUCCGGGCGCAGGCAGCCAGACCCCCGAGAGUCCUGGUUGUGCCUCCAGCUGCCCAGCGGCGCCUCGCUCCCCAUCACAAGUUUGGUCCAUACUGGAUAAGUAAGCUAGUCUGGGAUACCGACUGCUUGUGCCUUAGGAGGGUUUGGACAUGCCCUGGCUGGAAGCUUUACCCUACAUCUGUGGAUGGCUGAUUCUCCGUAGCUGUCUCCUGGUUGGAGCGCAGCUGGAUUCUGAUGGCACCAUCACUAUAGAGGAGCAGAUUGUUCUUGUUAUGAAGGCUAAAAUGCAAUGUGAACUCAACAUCACAGCUCAGUUCCAAGAAGGAGAGGGCAAUUGCUUCCCAGAAUGGGAUGGACUCAUUUGUUGGCCUAGAGGAACGGCGGGGAAAACGUCAGCUAUGCCCUGUCCUUCAUAUGUUUAUGAUUUCAAUCACAAAGGAGUUGCUUUCCGGCACUGCACUCCCAAUGGAACGUGGGAUUUUAUUCAUGGCUCAAAUAAAACCUGGGCUAACUAUUCAGACUGCUUUCUGCAGCCUGAUAUCAACAUAGGAAAGCAAGAGUUCUUUGAAAACCUCUACAUCCUGUACACUGUCGGCUAUUCCAUCUCUUUUGGCUCCUUGGCAGUAGCCAUUCUCAUCAUUGGCUAUUUCAGGCGGUUGCAUUGCACUAGGAACUAUAUCCACUUGCAUUUGUUUGUGUCCUUCAUGCUGAGAGCCAUGAGCAUCUUUGUCAAGGACAGAGUAGCCCAGGCUCACCUGGGAGUAGAGGCACUGCAGUCUCUGGUGAUGCAGGGUGACCUUCAGAACUUCAUUGGAGGACCAUCUGUGGACAAAUCUCAGUAUGUGGGGUGCAAGAUCGCUGUCGUGAUGUUUAUUUAUUUCUUGGCUACAAACUAUUAUUGGAUCCUGGUGGAAGGGCUCUACCUGCAUAACUUAAUCUUUGUGUCUUUCUUUUCUGACACCAAAUACCUGUGGGGCUUCAUCUUGAUAGGCUGGGGAUUUCCAGCGGUAUUUGUUGUGGCCUGGGCAGUAGCACGAGCCACUCUGGCGGAUACCAGGUGUUGGGAACUUAGUGCUGGAGACAGGUGGAUUUACCAGGCUCCAAUCUUGGCGGCUAUUGGGCUGAAUUUUAUUCUGUUCCUGAAUACAGUUAGAGUUCUUGCUACUAAAAUUUGGGAGACCAAUGCUGUUGGGCAUGACAUGAGAAAGCAGUACAGGAAACUGGCUAAGUCAACGCUGGUCCUGGUGCUGGUGUUUGGUGUGCAUUACAUCGUGUUCAUCUGCCAGCCGCACUCCUUCUCGGGGCUCUGGUGGGAGAUCCGUAUGCACUGCGAGCUCUUCUUCAACUCCUUCCAGGGAUUCUUCGUGUCUAUUGUCUAUUGCUACUGCAACGGAGAGGUACAGGCUGAGGUGAAGAAGACCUGGACUCGUUGGAAUCUGUCCAUCGACUGGAAAAAGGCGCCGCCUUGUGGCGGCCACAGGUACGGCUCGGUGCUCACCACUGUCACACACAGCACCAGCAGCCAGUCACAGAUGGGACCAAGCACACGCCUGGUGCUCAUCUCUAGCAAACCCGCCAAGACUGCCUGCAGACAGAUCGACAGUCAUGUGACUCUACCUGGCUACGUCUGGAGUAGUUCUGAGCAGGACUGUCAACCACAAUCUACCCCGGAGGAGACUAAAAAAGGUCAUGGGCGACAGGAAGAUGAUAGUCCAGUGGGGGAGUCUUCCAGGCCAGUAGCAUUCACCAUAGACACGGAAGGAUGCAAGGGAGAAUCCCACCCUAUCUGAAUCACCAUUUGCAGCUCUUGUGGAUUGGCGGAUCUGGCUGUGUGGGAGGACCUAAGUUGGAAGACUGGAAUUCUGAAAUAAGGCGUCGCUUAAACAUUUCCAGUUUCUAUGAGUGGGUUUUUUUUAUAAUACUUUCUCUGUGGUUAUUAUUAUUUUGCUUUUAUUGGAUAAGAAAGGUUUCAAACGCCUGGCUCUACCUUUUUUUCCCCUCAUUAAUGUCACCCCGAAUAUGAUGAGGAUAUUUAGUUUGCAUCAUUUUCCUUUCAAGAAAUCACUAACCUUUAUGUUUCGCAUUUUAAUGACCUUCUGCUGUCACAUUCAUUUUGUCUAUGUACUGGAACAAUCUAAGAAAGUACAUUGGAAAACUAAAAUUCUAAGACCAACUACAUUGGAAAAUCAAUUGGACAUUAAUAAAGCAAUGCAUUUCUGACAGUUAUGAUUGAUUCUAGGAGCAAAGAAAACCAUCCCAUUCUGCUUUUGAAUGUUUCCUUGUGUGACGAGUCAAACAUGCUCUUUGCUCUUUCUUGUAAACCAUGACAAGUCAAGAGUUUUCCCAGUAUUAGAAAGCUGAUGCUGUAUGGCCUCAUUUCUGCUAGCCCACAGGGCAACUUGUCUUUUUCUUUGUUUUUCUCUUGUUUGCUGUGUUACAGAUGGUGUGCGGGUUACAUUAAAAGUUAGUUUUAA